GCUGGGCAGAGCUGAUAAACGGUCAGUGGGGCACAGGCAACACAGCUGCCCUAGCCACCCAUUGUCUGUCUGCAUCCCGCUGCCUGUGUCCCACCAAGGAUGGAGGCCAUCAAGAAGAAGAUGCAGAUGCUGAAGCUGGACAAGGAGAAUGCCCUGGACCGGGCAGAGCAAGCGGAGGCUGAGCAGAAGCAGGCGGAGGAGCGGAGCAAGCAGCUGGAGGAUGAGCUAGCUGCCAUGCAGAAGAAGCUGAAGGGGACAGAGGAUGAACUGGACAAAUACUCUGAGGCCCUGAAAGACGCCCAGGAGAAGCUGGAGCUGGCAGAGAAGAAGGCGGCAGACGUACGUAUGGGGUGCAGGGUGGAAGCUGAGUGCUGCCUUGCCCCCCUUCCUGGUGGGACUGCAGCCCUCCCCUGUGCCUUGGGGACACAGGAAAGUCCCUUCCUGGUGGGACUGCAGCCCUUCCCUGUGCCCUGGGGACACAGGAAAGUCCCUGUCCGGCUCAGUGUGCUCCCGGUAAAACUGUGUAGGUGUCCAGCAGAGAACGGCCCUGUGAAGGACAAAUCCGGAGGGCAGAGCCGGGCAGCGAGCAGCCCAUCAAGUGCAGGAUAUGGGGUCCACGAAGCUCUGAGUCACGGCUGGGGGUGGUGGAGGCGAGCUCCGAGAAGGAGAAGGAGGAGGGGAGAGCCCUCAUCCCGCCGCGGGCGGGGGCUCAUGGGCAGCGUGAGCAUUGCACAGCCCGGCUAUUGUUGUCCACUGUUUCCAGGAAAACAAUGGUGCGAGCGGUGCAGGGUUUCACCCAGCGGCCGUUCUCCUGCCACCAAGAGGCAUGAGGCCCCCGCUCGUCACCUGUCAGGACCUGGCAGUCCGGGAUGUCUCAGGGUCCAGCGUCAGGGCGGUGCAGCCCAGCUCUGA